GCUGCGGCUGCUCACUACUGCCGAGAGUCCCGCGCAGUACUGAUGGAGGGAGGGAAGUUGUGAGGCGGCGAGAUAUCCCCUUAAAAUAGGGUGAUAUCCCCUAGAAAGGCCAACCCAAAACCAUGGCGGAGGCCAAUCCUUUUAGGGGACUGCCCCGUUUGCGGAGGGCCGCGAUGUCCUUCCCGGGGAAUCUCCACCUGGUGUUGGUUCUGCGGCCCACCAGCCUCCUGCAGAGUCCCUCAGGCACCGGCACUGACUUGGGCUUCCGCUUCAGCCAGGAUGACUUCAUGCUCAAGAUGCCGGUGGUUAUGCUCAGUUCGGUUACGGACCUGCUUCGCUACAUCGAUGAGAACCAGCUGACCUCAGAGUUUGGUGGAACUCUGGAGUACUGCCAUAGUGACUGGGUUGUCCUUCGUACGGCUAUUGAGAGCUUUGCCGUGACUGUCAAGGAGAUAGCCCAGUUGCUGCAGUCGUUCGGCACCGAGCUCGCCGAGACCGAGCUUCCAGAUGAGGCCGACGCCAUCGAGUUCCUCCUCAGAUCCCACACUGACAAAUACAGGCAGCUGAAAGAUGACAUCAGGUCAGUGAUGCGGGAGGGCCGUCACUUGCUCUCCAACUUGGAAGCCGCCAAGGCAGCUAAAGCUGAUGGCCAGGAGGACAAAGAUAUCAAACAGGACUGGGACACGGUGCAGAGGCUUCUGGCCCAACUACGGGACAUGGAGAUGGCUUUUGAUGGCUUUUUUGAGAAGCAUCACCUGAAACUGCAGCAGUACCUUCAGCUGAUGAGAUAUGAGAUGAGCUUUCAUGAGAUGGAGGAGAUCCUGGACCAGCUGUCUGGUCAGGAGAAGGAGGUCGCUGCCGUGGGCGGGACUGUGGUUCAGACAGAACAGCUAUUAAAAGAUCUGGAGACACUGGACACCCGCGCACAGGAAGAGAUGGGCCGCGCCCAGAUCAUCAUCCUGCGCGGCCACCAGCUGGCCACCGGUCACCACUAUGCUCUGGCCCUGAUCGUCCAGCGGUGCAACGAGCUGCGGCACCACUGUGACGUGCUGACCACCGCUAUCCGAGCCAAACGGGCUACCCUCACCCGCAUACACCACCUGCUGCUGCGUCUGGAAGAGGCCCGGCGCUGGUGUGACGAGGGGGCUUACCUCUUAGCCAAUCAGCUGGUGGAUAAGUUCCAGUCCAAGGAGGGAGCUCAGGGAGCGCUGCAGGAUAUAGAGAGACUCCAGGAGGAGACACCGUUGUGUCUGAGCCAAAGCCCUGAUGUCCUCAGUCUGGAGUUUGAGGCCAUCCUGACCCCUCAGCUAGAGUCUCAGAUUGGGGUGGCCACUGAGAAGCUGUCUGCCAUGCAGAGAAUGAUCCACAACAGACAGGCAUGUCUGAGGAAGCUGGCUGACAUUCAGGUGCGGCCCAUCCAGCUGGUGGCCCCUCGGCCUGAGCACUCUCCCCGGUGCAAAUCCCCUCUCUUCUCCCCCAAACACAGUGUAGAUUUCAACUCGGUUCUCAACUCAAGGUUCUCUUUUGACCUCUUACCUGGCAAGAGGGCAGCUCGGAAAAGCCCUCGAAAGAUAGAGGUGAUGCAUGACUAUGAGGAGAACCGCAACUCUCUCUCCUACGGCCAGGAGGGAGAGGAGAGCCCAGACCAGCUGAAACGACACAUAAUCAAAGAGCUUAUUGAGACAGAGAGGAUCUAUGUAGAGGAGCUGCUCUCUGUCUUGCUGGGUUACAGGGCAGAGAUGGAUAACCCCGCCCUCUCCAACCUACUGCCCUCUGCCCUGCGCAGCAAGAAGGAGGUCCUCUUCGGGAAUAUGCCAGAGAUCUACAAAUUCCAUAGCAGGACCUUCCUCCAGGACUUGGAGGGAUGCCUGGAGACUCCCGAGAGGGUUGGAGCAUGCUUUCUACGACGGAAAGAAAAGUUCCAGGUGUACGAGCGUUACUGUCAGAACAAGCCGCACUCCGAGUUGCUAUGGAGACAGUGCUCUGCUUCCCUCUUCUUCCAGGAGUGUCAGAAGAAGCUGGAGCACAAACUGGGGUUGGACUCGUACCUCCUAAAGCCUGUCCAGAGACUGACUAAGUACCAGCUGCUGCUGAAGGAGCUGUUGAAGCACAGUGCAGACAGUGAUUAUAUAUCUGAGCUGCAGGGGGCACUAGAGUCCAUGCUGGAUCUCCUCAAGUCUGUCAACGACUCCAUGCACCAGAUCGCCAUCACAGGUUAUGAGGGGGAGCUGAGUGACCUGGGCCGGGUGCUAAUGCAGGGCUCCUUCAGUGUGUGGAUCAGCCAUAAGAGGGGCCCGACGAGGAUGAAGGCCCGUUUCAAACCCAUGCAGAGGCACCUCUUCCUGCAUGAGCACGCUCUGCUCUUCUGCAAGCGCCGUGAGGAGCAUGGGGAGGGCCACGACCGCACCCCCUUCUACAGCUUCAAGCACUGCCUGAGGAUGAGUGCUGUUGGCAUCACUGAGAAUGUCAAAGGAGACGUGAAGAAGUUUGAGCUCUGGUACAGUGGCAGAGAGGAGGUGUACGUUGUUCAGGCCCCGACGUUCCAGAUCAAGAUCACCUGGCUCACCGAGAUCAGGAAAAUUCUCACCAACCAGCAGAGGCUCCUCCAAGGUUUCUACUUUGCGUCUACUUGUCUGUCAGCUUCCAUGUUGGAAGACAUUCCCCCUAUUCAACUCUCAGAGCAGACUCCUCUGUCUCCUCCCUCUACUGACAGUAAGCCUCCAGACCAGUCCCUCAGCACGGAGGAGGCCGAGUCAUCAGGCCGCACCAGCCCCGUCCUCACAGACCCCGUGGUCUUCUCCCCUCAGCCCCAGCACAACAAUCGACGCAGUUGGCCUGGCACCUCCCACUCAGUGGACAUCUGUGAGGGUCCGGAGGACUGGAGCACCACUGACUUGUCCAACCUGUCAGACUCUGACGAGGAGGACGACCCUACUCCACUGGUUCCUGGGAGGUACAGGGCCCUGGUGGAAAGUAGUGUGUGCAGUACAGAUGACCUCAUCAUUAAGUGUGGCGAUGUCAUCCAGCUUCUGGAUCAGGACACUGUAGGGAAGUGGCUCGUGAGGAAUGUCAGUCGUUGUGAUGAGGGUCGGGUCUCAGCUGAUAACCUGCACAGGAUUCUGGGAGAGAGUGGCCGUGCCCACUCAGGCAGGAUGGAAGGGAAUCAGAAAACCCGGAAGCUCAGCUCUCUCUGAAUGAAGCACGUGCCAUCCACCCUCCGUCCGGACACAACCUCGGACCCCACAACUGUCGUCCUGACAUCCUUCCCAUCCAAGGUCAUCUUUCCUGGAGUCUCCAGGGGCCUUGAACAUGCUGCCAGAGACCGACCAGUCAUCAAUCAAACCAGAGGAUCUGAAGGGUCGACUUUGCCUUCUUUUAACCGUCUAUCUCCAGAAAUGUAUAAUAAUCACCACCAUAUUAAUACCAUGACGAUAAAACCACAAGGACGUCUUUUUACAUUUCCUCCAGAGGGUGCAUGUGUUGCCGUGGGUAACGUCCCUACCCACGUCAAGCAAACAACCUCGAGCACAAGGCAGUGGACUGAGUCUACUUUCCGACCCCCGGGCAGCAUCACAACAUCACCUUAAAGAACUGUCACCCUGGGAGAUAGGAUCUCCAUGUCUUCAUUUUCCUGGAUGAGAUGCAUGAACUGUUUCUAGUCCACUUUAUAAAUGCAUUUACUUAGAAAAGGACUGUUUUACUUCUGUUACAGUGAAAGUGAAUCCAAUCUCUCUUUUUUUUACAUGUGUGUGUAAAUAUCAUGGUUCAUGAUAGACCAUAACAGAUUUCAACAUAUCGUCAAUGCCAGGUUAUGUGCCAAAACAUGCUAUUGUACAGUUUCCCUGUCUGCUUUAUUUGUUAGAACAGCCUCAUUUUGUACCACUCUCAUUAUCCCCAAUUACUAUGGUAAAUAGCUGACAUUUCAGUGUGAAAGCUAACAGCAAGCAAACUGUGCCAAGCGUUGUAUUUCUCUGCUCACUAUUCUGCAUGAAUGUCGACAGGGUGUUGCAAGUGGUCAGUUCCAAGUUGAACAUUGCCGAAUGCUUCUUUUUAUGUGCACUGCAGUUUUGUGCCAGUAGGGGGUGGUGUGUCAGUCGUCUGACCAUUUGACGUGGGAGGAGGGUCCCGCGGUGCUGCUGCCGCUGCCGCAACUUCUGCUGCUGAGUGAGUGUGAUGAUUGGAUGUUGCAGCUUCUAUAUAAAUUCUCCACAUAGACGGACGUUGGGGAUUCAUGCGAAUCUACAGAGAAUUUCAUAUAUGAUAUGGAUGGAAAUUAUUUUACCAAAUACAAGCACAAGAGGAUCUGAUGGGAGAGUAUUUCUUUACAUUCUAGUAAUUUAGCAGACACUCUUAUCCAUUUUCAUAAAUGUUUUAACUUAACUUUAUUUUUUUAUUUUUUUUCUUUAUGGGUGUGGAUGUGCAUUUUGUAAAUAUUGACUGAUACUACUGUACAAGGCGUAGGCCUCUGGGUCAGUCCCUAAUGUUUCUGAAUCUGCCUGACUAUUUUGAAUAACUUACAGAAGACAUUCAAAGAGACAUCAUUUCCCGGAUCCCUUUUAAUUAAUCAACAAAGAGUAAAUCAGCUCAGUUAAACAUUACAUAAUGGUAAUCAUCCAAAACGUUAAGUAACGUAAGGGCAGGGGGGGGUCUUGGACCUCUCAGACAUCAGGCUCAGAAUUGGAACCAAUGCUUCUAAGCCCAGUCACGUUGGAGAUCCACGGGAAGUAACGUGACACACGUGUGUAGAUGCCAUACUUCCCUUCCUUGGCGCACUCCUCCCCCCAGCUCACGAUGCCUGUCAGAAACCAAGUGUCCCGGUACUGGGUGACAUGGGGACCGCCACUGUCCCCCUGGCAUGAAUCCUUCUGCUCGCUGCGGUAACCGGCGCAAAACAUGAAGCGGGACACCCGUUCUGCGCUGCUGCCCUUGCACUCGGUCCUGUCCACGUAGGGCACCUCCACCUUCUGCAGUAUGGAGGACUCAGGGCCCUGGAAGCGCAUCCUGCCCCAGCCGCUGACCACCGAGCUAGAGGCCUCCCUCAGCAGCGUCUCAGUGAAGUCCUUGGGCCCCAGACAGAUGGGGAGGCUGUAGUCAGAGAGGCGUGCGGGCGUGCGGAGCUUGAGCAGGGCUAUGUCGUGGUUGUACUGACUUAUCUUGGCGUCGUAUCUCGGGUGCAUGUGAUGCUCAGCCACAGCGUGGUCAUGCUCCGUCCCCUCCUUGACCUGCAUGUUGUGCUCCCCUGGAGAGAGGCAUUGUGAUCAGAUGAACAUUAUUUUGAAUGACUGAAGCCCAAAUACCAAAUAGGCAGUCACUCCUACUUGGUUUGACUCACCAACUCUGAUGAAGAAGGUUCCAAUCUUGCCCUCGUUCAGGCAGUGGGCAGCGGUGAUGACCCACAUCUCACUGAGGAGGGUGCCACCACAGAAGUUCUGCCCGGUCAGCUUGCUCAUCAGGGACACCUGGCAGUGUCCCGGAGGUUAGCACAGACAACCGCAGUCUAAACACAUUGACUGGAGGGGCUUAGUUACACUCACACACUCACACGACUGGCCUACCUGCCAGGGGAUCUCCCCAGGUUUCACUGUGUUUCCCCCAACGAUGCGCUGGUCGCUGGAUGUCUCUUCCUGGAUGGUGGGCAGUGUUGGGAAGAAGGCCCAGGAGGGCAAGUCCCCCAGCACUGAGGAAGAGUGGCUGCUACUGGUGCUGCUGACGCGGUGGGGGGUUGUGGUGGUGGCGUUGACCGCAAGAGAAUCCAAGGUGUUGUUCACAGAGGCCUCCGGUGUCUCAGUGAUGUUGAGGGCGUUGUCGUAGGACUGCUGAGUCUGAUCAACAUUUACGGCUGUGAUGAUCGACCGAGAGGACAGUGUUGCACUUAUAGCCUUGCCAAGAUGACCACAGGGGAAUGGUCCUGGCCAAAACAAACAUAGAUGAGACCGGUUGAAAAAUAGAUGAUAGAUGAUUUAAAUCAACGCAAAGAGAACAUGGUGCACGAAUUUAUAUGCAAGAUCAAUCAGUACCUUCUGGUUCGCAGGUGGUCUUAUCCGGAGCCAGUAUAUACCCUGUGGCACAGUCGCACACUGCAUGCUGGGCGAUCAGCACACAGAAGUGGGAGCAGCCACCGUUGUUAAUGUCACACUGCUUAGCCAUCUCUGAGUAGGGAGAAUCCAUGAGAACAGAGGAUUAGGAGGCGAGUUGAGUUUGAACAAUGGGGGGGGGGGAUUAAUGAGGUUAACAUGUAAGCUACUAUAAGGUAAACAUAUGCAAUGUACAGGUUAAAACAGGGAUAUCUGCAAAUCCAAUCGAAUGCCAAGUGGAUGACAAGAUAGUUGACGUUACUGCAUUUGAUUUGACUUUAAACAGAUUACAGGGACCGCGUUGCUCACCGAUCUCACAGUUUUUCCCAUUGAAUUGAGGUAGACACCAGCAUACGUAAGCACUCAUGGCAUCUUUACACUUCCCCCCAUUCUGGCAUGGGUUGGACUCACACUGGUCCCCGUCUGUAGGGGCACAUAGACAAAGACCUGAGAUAGAUAGACUACUAUGAGAUAGAUGAGAUUAUACCAAUCAGCUCAUUGUACAACUCUACUAUCUCUACAGAAUAUCGAUUUAUUUUUAAUUUUUAGCCUUAAUGCUUACCAAGGUAAUUCGCCCAGAAUUGCAUCUAAAUCAAAAGAAACACCAUUAUUGAUGCUGUCCAUCACUUGACAUGGCAGAGCCUAAUGGGCAGAUGGACUUCAUGUGGGGUUGUAGGGGAUGCUACCUACUGUUUUCUCCUCGUUCUCAAACACUUCCCUCGCCUCCUCCAGAUUGCAGCGCUCCUCGAUACACUCCCUCUCCAGGUUGUCCUUCUUCAUCUCCUCGAAGGCCCCCGUGUUGUAGCGCUUCUGUCUCCUUAGGAGGGUGUCUGCAGACUGCCUGGACAGAAAGACUGAGGCUGGGGAGGAAACGAGGACAGAGAAACGAGGACAGAUAUGGGGGGGGGGGGGGUCACUAAAUGAACAAUUCGGUUGAAAUGAAUUCCCCUUAUAGGUUCAGGUUGGCAAAGCAUAUGUCGUUUCCCAUGAAGAAGAAAAUAUCAUCAUUGACAUGUAGAAAACGUCCCUUCCUCUGACUCUUCUCAUCCUCGCCCUUAUGCUCUCAUCCUGUAUCUGUACCCUGAAGCUUAUACAAUGUGCCAAUGCAUUUGACUGACUGACAACUGAACUGGAAGGAGCAGGGGUGUCAUGCACACCAAAAAUCAGAGGGGGCACAAAGUAUGUGAGGAUGACUAGGGGGGAGUCUGGAGGGGGGCUAGGGCCCCCGUCAGGAAGUUGAAGAAUUUUGCAUUUUCAAACACUUUAAACAGCUUUUUCCUGCUAUCUAGAGUCAUAAUCAUUAUGUUUAAUUCUAUUAAAAAAUAUAUGCUUAUUUUUCUGCAUGUCUAAGCAUACCUCUUGAGCAAUCUGUAUCCUCCCGACUGGUGGUUAUUUUUUUAAGAAACUAAAUACACUAUAUAUACAAACGUAUGUGGACAUAACAAUCGAGCACACAGCCAUGCAAUCUCCAUAGACAAACAUUGGCAGUAGAAUGGCCUUACUGAAGAGCUCAGUGACUUUCAAUGUGGAACUAUCAUAGGAUGCCACCUUUCCAACAAAUCAGUUCGUCCAAUGUCUGCCCUGCUAGAGCUUCCCCGGUCAAACUGUAAGUGCUGUUAUUGUGAAGUGGAAACGUUUAGGAGCAACAACGGCUCAGCCGCAAAGUGGUAUGCCACACAAGCUCACAGAAUGGGACCGCAGAGUGCUACAGCACGUAGCACGUAAAAAUGUGUCUGUCCUCAGUUGCAACACUCAUUACUGAGUUCCAAACUGCCUCUGCAAGCAACGUCAGCACAAUAACUGUUUGACGGGAGAUUCAUGAAAUGGGUUUCUAUGGCUGAGCAGCCGCACACAAGCCUAAGAUUACCAUGCGCAAUGUCAAGCGUUGGCUGGACUGGUGUAAAGCUCGCCACCAUUGGACUCUGGAGCAGUGGAAACGCAUUCUCUGGAGUGAUGAAUCACGCUUCACCAUCUGGCAGUCCGACGGAUUAAUCUGGGCUUGGCGGAUGCCAGGAGAAUGCUACCUGCCCGAAAGUAUAGUGCCAACUGUAAAGUUUGGUGGGGGGGGAAUAAUGGUCUGGGGCUGUCUUUCAUGGUUUGGGCUAGGCCCCUUAAUUCCAGUGAAGGGAAAUCUUAACUCUACAGCAUACAAUGAAAUUCUAUACGAUUCUGUGCUUCCAACUUUGUGGCAACGGUUUGGGGAAGGCAUUUUCCUGUUUCAGCAUGACAAUGCACUUGUGCACAAAGUGAGGUCCAUACAGAAAUGGUUUGUCAAGGCCUCCCGAGUGGCGCAGCGGUCUCAGGCACUGCAUCGCAGUGCUAGAGGCGUCACUAAAGACCAGGGUUUGAUCCCAGGCUGUGUCACAGCCGGCCGCGACCGAGAGGUCCAUGAGGCGGCGCACAAUUGGCUCAGCAUCGUCCGGGUUAGGGGAGGGUUUGGCCAGCCGGGAUGUCCUUGUGCCAUCGCGCUCUAGUGACUCCUUGUGGCGGCCAGGUGCGUGCCAGCUGUACGGCGUUUACUCCGACACAUUGGUGCAGCUGGCUUCCGGGUUAAGGGAACAGCGUGUCAGGAAGCAGUGAGGCUUGGCGGGGUCGUGUUUCGGAGGAAGCAUGGCUCUCGACCUUUGUCUUUCCGGAGUCCGUACAGGAGUUGCAGCGAUGGGACAAGACUGUUACUACCAUUUGGAUAUCACGAAAAAGGGGUAAAACGUGGAAGACCUUGACUGGCCUGCACAGAGCCCUGACCUCAACCCCAUCAAACACCUUUGGGAUGAAUUGGAACGCCGACUGCAAGCCAAGCCUAAUCACCCAACAGCAGCGCCCAACCUCACAAAUGCUCUUGUGGCUGAAUGGAUGCAAGUCCCCACAGUAAUGUUCCAACAUCUAGUGGAAAGCCUUCCCAGAAGAGUGGAGGCUGUUAAGGCAGCAAAGGGCAACUAACUCCAUAUUAAUUCCCAUGAUUUUGGAAUGAGAUGUUCGACGAGCAGGUGUCCACAUACUUUAGGUCAUGUAGUGUGUGAUUCCCUUCAUCUAUGCUAACUUCUGUGUAAAAGAUCGAAAGGAAUGUGAGUCUUAUCCAUUUAGCUAUUGCAUUUCUUUUCUAAAGCCUACCAACCUUGCCAGCAGGCAUGCCAGCUAAGAUAGUUAUACAAGUAAUCUACUCUAACUUGAUAGUCUGAAAUGGCUUCUUGGUAGCUAGUUAUAAGGAUGGGUGAUUGAGAACCUAUCUGGGCUAGCUAAAACAACUUCAUAAAAUUGGUAGAUGGCUAGGGAUUACAGAGAAACAACCACAAAAAAAUGCAUUAAAUGAUAAUAGAUAUAUAUUUUUAAACAGGACAAAGCUGAGGGGGAACAUGCCCCUGUGCCCUGUGCAUGAGUUAUCAGGGAAGAAGUGAGGCCAGUUUACUGAAAUCAAAGUCAAGCCCUGGUUUGGGUUUAUGUGAAGCAGAUAUAAUAGAAAAUGUUAUGUGAAUAAUAUGUGAAUCAAACAUCACAUUCGUACGGUAUUUCUAUACUAUCAUAAAGAAUGACAAAGAAGCACUUGUGAAAAGCAUAGGAUACUAUUUGUCGAUAUCUGUUUUUUUGUUAAAUGUGUGAAACCUACCUCCAGAAGUGAACUCGUUUUCCACCAUGAAUACCGCAGUUAUGACAAAUAAACAAAUCCUUGUCA